CUGCGUUCCCUUCACAUGCCCGGACCUGCAGAGCGGACUCGGGGUAGCAGAGCGAGUGCUUUACUCGCAUUCCCAAAACGCUGCAUCGCGUUUACACACGGAGGAGAGGAGAGGGGGUCUGAACCAGCUCUCCUUACGGCAUUAUUAUUAGUAUUAGGGUCGGAUUCUCACUGUGGUUUGUAUGAUGGCGGUGUACAAGGUAACCGUGGCGACAGGAACCUCGGAAUACUCCGGAACAAACAACUACGUUUACCUGACCCUGAUCGGAGAGGCGGGUCAGAGCGAGAGGACUGUGCUGGACAACCCAGGGCUGGAUCUGUGCAGAGGAGCGGUGAGGAGGGGGGGCGCACACACACACAGGUCGAUGAGUACGAGAUUCCGAGCCCGGUUCUGCUCGGCCGGCUCCAGUUCGUUCGGCUGGAGAAGCGCCGGUACUGGGUGGAGGAUAACUGGUUCUGCCGCUCUGUCAGCGUCCGGACCCCAGGGGGCGACACUCACUCCUUCCCCUGCUACCGCUGGCUGGUGGGAGAUGUGACCAUUGAGCUGAGGGAGGGGCAAGCUAAGAAGUUGUGUGAUGAUUCUCUCCCUGAGUUUCUGGCUCACCGCAAGAGAGAGCUGCAGGAGAGGCAGCAGAUAUACAAGUGGCUGGCCUGGGAGCCGGACAUUCCGAAGUGUAUCGAUGCCAAAACAGAGAAGGAGCUUCCACAGGAUGUGCGAUUCGACAACGAGAAACAAGGAGACUUCGUGGGGUCUCUACACUAUGCGUUGCUGGAGUUGUCUCUCAAGAAGCUGGUCAUUAAUUUUGGGAAGUCUUGGGACACCCUGGAAGAUUUCAAAAGAAUCUUCUGGAAGCUGAAGAGUCCGGUGGCAGAGUAUGUGAUGGCUCAUUGGAAGGAGGAUUGGUUUUUCGGAUUCCAGUUUCUUAAUGGCAGUAAUCCCGGGAUGAUCCAGCAGUGCCGGAAGCUGCCCAGGAACUUCCCUGUGAGCGCAGACAUGGUGCAGGCCUCCCUGCUAGCAGGAACCACCCUGAGCAAGGAGAUGAAGGCUGGUAAUAUCUACCUGAUGGACUAUGCUAUAUUGGACGGCCUCCCUGCCAAUGUGAUCCGAGGGAAGCAGCAGCACCUCGCUGCCCCCCUGUGCCUCCUCUAUGAGCAUCCAGACAAGGGACUGCUCCCCCUGGCUAUACAGCUGGGUCAGACUCCUGGCUCCAGCACCCCUGUCUUCCUCCCAUCGGACCCCCCGCUGGCCUGGCUGUUGUCGAAGAUCUGGGUUCGAAACUCAGAUUUCCAGAUUUUCCAGAUCCUGACUCACCUGCUGCGCACUCACCUGGUGAUGGAAGUGUUCUGUGUGGCCACGCUGAGACAGCUCCCAGCAGUGCACCCAGUCUACAAGCUCCUCAUCCCUCACCUGCGCUACACGCUGGAGAUCAACACUCGCGCGCGCUCCCAGCUCAUAUCCAACAACGGCAUCUUCAAAAGGGUUUCCUCUACAGGGGGCUCUGCUCUCCUCCUGCUCUCUCAGAGGGAGUUUAAGAUUCUGUCCUACGAGUCUCUUCAGCCCCGGUUAGAUUUUCAGCGGCGCGGCGUGACGAAGCUCAGGGAUUACUUCUACCGCGAGGACAGCCUGAUGCUGUGGGACACCAUCCAGAGCUAUGUCUCUGGCCUCGUCUCUCUCUAUUACUCCUCGGACGCUGAGGUCACUCAGGACUCGGAGCUGCAGCUGUGGAUCCGUGACAUCACUGAGGAGGGGUUCAGAGACGUCCCCCAGUUCGGUCUGUCCAGUGAGUUGAGAAGCAGGAAGGAGCUGGUGACUCUCCUGAGUGUGGUGAUCUUCACUGCCAGUGUACAGCACGCAGCUGCUAACAACGGACAGUUUGAUUGGUGCGCCUGGGUUCCGAACACGCCCUGCACCAUGCGCCUGCCUCCGCCCACUUGCAAGGGUUCCGUUACCAUGGAGAUGAUCAUGGAGACUCUGCCAGACAUCAGCCAAUCCUGCGUGGAGAUGGCGAUCACAUGGCACCUGGGCAGGGCACAGCCGGACGCGAUUCCUCUCGGACGGCACACUGAGGAAUACUUCACAGAGGAAGCAGCCCAGGCAGAGAUACGCAAAUUCAAUGAGACGCUGAAAGAGAUCGAGCAGAAAAUAGAGGAGAGGAACCAGAGCCUGGAGCUGAAAUAUGAAUACCUGAAACCAAGCAGGAUCGAGAACAGCAUCACUAUAUAGAGAGGAGAGGAGAGGAGAGGAGGGGAGAGGAGAGAG